UGCUGUCUUCAAGUUGGAGAAAAAUCAACUGCUGCUUGGUGAAGAGAUUUUUGUGCCAACAGCAAAAGAUUUGGAUUAUCUAUGAAGUGUGACAUAUGAACCAAGAUUUUUGCAGGUCUAAGCGGCCAUGUUCAGCUUCUGCUUGAGCUGCUUUGACACUUUACUCCCAGAAUUUCUAUGAUACUUAGGGCAGGAUUUCUUAUAGUAGCAGUAGUUUCGGCUGUUAAAGUUUGUCAGAUUACCAACAAGCGUUCAAGAAAGCCAAGCACUUCAGGAGAGCACGGGAAAGUGAGCUUUGAUGAAGAGCAAGCUGAGGAGAAUGGCAAAUCUGAAGAAUCCCAUGUUGAUCCGAGGGAGAAGAAAGAAGAGCAGGAAGAAACUUGCAAAAGUAAAUCAGUAAAUCGAUUGAAUGCAAAAAGUCUCGAGUUUUCUGUACAGGAGAAUGGAAGGGUAAAUGUCAGCGAAAUUGAUAUCUUGAAGAAUGUAGUGAAGGAAAAGGAGAAAAUGAGAGAGAGCCUGGAAAUGAGAUUACUCGAGUUAUAUUGCCUGAAGGAGCAGCAAUCAAGAAUAGCUCUGCUGCAGAAGCAAUUAAAUGACAGAACAUCAGAGAUUAACAUGCUUCGGGAGACGAUCAACAAAUUGCAGGAUGAAAAGAAAAAACUUUAUGAAGAGGUGAAACUGAAUCAGUUGGCUGCAGAGCAGCUAGAAAGUGCAGAACUUAUCAUGCUAGAGCUGCAGGGGCAAUUGGAACUUGAUUCAGGUCAAAUGAAGGAACAAUUACUCAUGCUAAAGGAACAAGUUUCGGGCUUUCAUGCAAAGGAAGAAUCCAAGGAGAAUCUCAAAGCUAUUAAAGUUGUGGAGUUGAAAGCGUUGGAGGUAAAGAGAAUGAACAUCCAGCUUCAGCUAGAGAAAAGGGAGUUGGUUGUCAAAUUGAGUGCUGCAAAUUCCAAGUUUGCCGAACUUUCUACCAUGACAGAGCAUAAACUUGCAGCCAAGUAUAAGGAAGAAAUAAGUAGACUGAAGAAUGUCAAUAAGAAUCUGACGGAACAAGUUGACAAGCUGCAUAACGACAGGCUCAGCAUUCUUGAAGAACUGGUUUAUCAGCGAUGGCUGAGUACCUGCCUGAGGUUUGAACUCGGGGACCAUUGUAGCCCAUCACCGAAGAAAAUAAAGCCAAAUGUCUGCAGGAGAUCAGAUUUACGGUCUGAUAGCUUAUCCUCUGGAAUAUCCUCAGCUGAGAGUGAUGAAAUUAGCAAUUCCACAACCACAAGUUCUUCUAGUAGUGAAAAUACUAAGAACAAGAAAAAAGGCUUCCUGCAAAACAUCAAGAGAUGGGGAAGGAGAAGGGAUGGUUCAACUGAUAAUGCAUCAGAAAGCUGGUCUUUUCCAAGCAAGGCAGGCAAAAUUAGAAGAUUUUCCACUUCAUCCAUUCCAUCAAGCAUAUUAGGCUUAAGGAAUAGAGGAGAGAGAGGGUUACUCAUCCCAUUACAGAAGAAGGGAGUAGACUCCAAUUCCCCUGAGACGCCAGCGGUUCGACGUGUAAGAAGAGUUUCCUUCAAUGAUGCGAUAACUUCAGUUAGAUACAUAUAUGAUGAUAGCCCAGAAUCAGAUCAGGGAAUAUCAGAUAAUGGUCAAAAGAAUGCUGACAAUUUCAAUGACUAUUGCUCAGAUAUGAAAACUAGCUCCGGCAGAGAUGAAAUUUUGGAGGGAAACAAUAGUGAGAUUCCAUCAUCAAAUGUCAAUUCUGAAAGCCAUGAAGCUUCCACUGUCCUAGGCAAUCAAGACACAAUCGAAACUGAAGUAGUCAGGAAAGAGGCAGUUCGGGCAGAAUGUCUGAGUCAAGCAAUGCCUUGUGCAGCUUCAGCUGCCAGCAAGUUUAGUGUAGUAGUGAAUCUGAUAGCAGCAAUCAUUAUUGUCCUCUCUCUGAUACUUUUUCAUUUCAGACCUCUCUUUGCUUGAGGAUAGUCAAGCUCUUCAGAGUUCA